AUGAUGCGACUUAAAUUUGCAACGUUCAUAUUGACCGCAGCCACGCACAUGUUUGCUGUGUCGGGUGCUCAGAAUGCCUUCAUUUCGGAUAUUGUGGAUUCUGUCACAGGUGUGGCACCAAGAUUAAUUUCUCCGCUGGUCAAGGUUGUGAGCAACUUGUACGACCCAAACCGACUCGUUAUCAUCAUGAAUGAGGAUACAAAAUCUGUCAUCGCUGCUGCUGCCAACACCAGUAAUGCAAUUUGGACAGAGGCUGAGCGAGUUGCAAACAUUCGAAACAUAGUUUACGCUCUCAAACAGCACGCACGUCGGACACAAAAUUCAGUAAUGCGAGUCCUUACAGCAGAGGGCUAUCAAUUUCGAAGCAAUUGGAUCAGCAACACGAUUGAAGUCAAAGAUUGUCCUUUGAAAUUGGUUCAGCAGAUACAUGGCCUCCUGGCGGUGAAAGAAAUUGUCUAUGACAUCAUUGUCAAUCAAGACUCAACAAAGUGUGCGGCCGACUUAGCGAAUGACACUGCAUCUGCGGAAUGGGGUGUCACAAAAAUCAGAGCACCGAAUGUUUGGUCUUCAAAAAACAUUGGUCAGAAUGUCGUUAUUGGAAACAUCGAUACUGGUGUACGCAGUAGUCAUGAGAGUCUGAUCAAUAACUGGGUUGGUUCGCACGGCUGGUUUGAUCCUCGACAAAGGACUGUGACUCCUUUUGAUGCAAGUGGCCACGGAACGCACACAAUGGCCACAGCUGUAGGAGGAAAAGGAGUGGGGGUCGCACCUGGUGCAAAGUGGUUGGCCUGCAAGGGUUGUGGACCGAGAAGUUGCUCCCUAUCUUUAUUGACGGCAUGUGCACAAUUCAUGUUGUGUCCAACAGACACGAGUGGUAACAAUUGCGACCCCUCAAAGGCUCCACACAUUGUGAGCAAUAGUUGGGGAGGUGGCCAAGACCCGAAUUAUUUUCAGUCAAGUUUAGAUGCUUGGCAUGCAGCUCGUAUCAUUCCCGUAUUCUCAGCCGGCAACUCAGGCACAUCAGGAUGUGGUUCGAUUGCGUCCCCAAGCGAUUCAUCUAAGGUCUUUUCAGUAGGAGCGACUGAUAAGAAUGACAAUCUAGCCACGUUCAGCAGUCUAGGUCCAGCUACUAACGGUAACAUCAAGCCUGAUUUUGUUGGCCCUGGAGUGAGCAUUCGAUCCGCUUGGAAUAAUGACAAUUCGGAGUAUAGAAGUAUUUCAGGAACGAGUAUGGCUGCACCCCACCUCGCGGGUACAAUUGCGUUGAUUCUAAGUGCUCGUCCUGGCUUGAACUUUGACGCUGUUAAGACUGUGCUGAUUAAUUCAACGGACCAAACGCUGCCAAAAGCUGCAUUGACAUGUGGUGGAACCUCAGACACCGUAUUUCCGAAUAAUCAGUAUGGAUACGGUCGUAUCAAUGCUGAAAAAGCUGUGAAGGCUGCUCUUGCAAUUUAA